AUGGUGGACAUGGUGGCCACGGUGGCCAUCAUGCCCAGGGUGCCCCGGAUGCCCAAAAUGUCCGCAGAGUGGGGUGUGGCGCCGCUGCCGAGUGAGCCGCGCUGUGAGGCUGACUCCCGGCGGCGCCCGGUCCCGCCAGAGCCAACUGCGGUCGGGGAGCAGGCGGCGCAGGACGAGACGACGUCCACCACCGAGCCGCCGGCCAAACGCCCCCACAAGGACUUCUCCAUCUACAAGACGCCCUCCGGGAAAUUCUACUGCCUGCCCUGCAAUCUGACCAUGAACUCGGAGACCCAGUUCGCGCAGCACUUCGAGAGCAAAAAGCAUAAGUCCGAGGUGGCUAAGCAGCGCAGCACCGUCCGCUCCGCCUACUAACGGGCCGCGCCGCC